AAAUCGCAGCUGUUCGUGAAGAAAUGAACUUUUUGCGCGAAGAAAUGAAGGCUCUGCGCGAAGAAAUGACCAAUCAACGUGAAGAGACGAAGGGAUGUAAGAGCGAGGUGACUAAUUUGAAGACGGAGAUGAAAAGACAAAAGGAGGAGAACACCGCACUGCAUAGUGAGGUGGUUCGCCUGCAGCAGGCAAUGGUCGAGGAGCGCUCCACUCGCCAGGUGGUCGUGGAGGAGCUGCGGCAGGAGAUCCGCCGGCUUACAGCGCCAUUCGGCCGUCUGCAGGGGCUGGUGCCACGAGAGCAGGAGGAGGGCGUCGAGACGCAGGUGCCACUGGAUAGGGCUCAGGUGCGCGAACUGGAGGACCGACUGAACCAGGCGCUGGUCGACCAGAAGAGGGCGGAGGAUGACCUGAAGGAAUCGCGCGCCAUUAAUACGGCCACGGAGACCAGGCUGCGCGAGACUGAAGCGCGCAAUGACGACCUCAUCAGCAAAACCAGCGACCUGGAGCAGACCAACGCCUCACUGAAGAAGCGCUUGCACGAAAUGGAGCGCACACUGGAUCACGAGCGGUCGUCGAGCAAGGACAAAGAUGAUGUGAUAAAGCGUCAACAGGAGGAGAUACAGCAGCAAAAGGAGAGGCAACAGGCUCUGAUGAAAACCAAAGUGGCACUAGAUGCGGAGGUAUCUGCCUUUAACAAGCUGCUCGAGUCUAAGAAUAACAAGUUAGUGCAGCCGCCGACGAUGGGCAUAAAGAAGCUAUGUUUCCCGCCGGGCCUGAGCGAGAAAUCGCUGACGAACAUCCUGCAGAAUUCCGAGGGUAUGGAGGAACUGACCGUGACUGCACCCUCCGACUCAACGGGGCAGUGGGUGCGACUACUUCCACCGUCUUUGGGAAGGCUGGACGUUUUCGAUUAUUAUAGGUAA